UAAGGUGAUACCGACAGAUGCUGUUAGAUUCAGCCACCGCUAUAUACAGUGUGUAUACAAAAUUAAGUGUUACAGUGAUUAGUGACUACGUUUGAAAUGAACUUGAAUCAGUUUCUAGAUUGCGAUAAACAAGUAUCUCCUCGACUUUACGACUUCGGUCAAAUUAAAUUGGAAGCGGAUAAUUCAUCGCCAAUUUUAACCCCACCACAUACACCGACGUACUGUAACAUGUCGCCGCCGUUAGUAAAUCUCCCUUAUCCUCAAAGCUGGUAUCGUUCUGAUUCGAUAGAACCGAACUUUCCAACGGUGCAUUCAUACAACGCAGUUUUCAUGAAUCAUUGGUUCAGAAACGCUGCCAUUUACCAUACCAGGGAUCAUUAUCAAGAUGUGAACAUGCCAAAUAGGACACCUACUGGACCUAAACCUCUGGGAACUACAACGAGACCGAAAAAACAAUUCAUUUGCAAAUAUUGUAAUAGACAGUUUACCAAAAGUUAUAAUUUGUUAAUACACGAACGUACUCAUACAGACGAAAGGCCGUAUUCUUGUGAUAUAUGCGGAAAGGCUUUCAGAAGACAGGACCAUUUGAGAGAUCACAGAUAUAUUCAUAGUAAAGAAAAACCCUUCAAAUGCAACGAAUGCGGCAAAGGUUUCUGUCAAUCUCGAACUUUGGCCGUACAUAAAAUCCUACAUUUAGAAGAAUCGCCGCACAAAUGCCCCGUAUGUUCAAAAUCCUUCAAUCAACGAUCGAAUCUUAAAACCCACAUGUUGACUCACACGGAACGUCCCGUUGAAUGUAUGCUGUGUUCACAAUUUUUCGUGAAUUACACGGAACUCAAAAGUCACGAAAUGACGCACUGUCAAAGGAAGUCGACAUACGAAUUACAGGUACCUAAUUUAGUGACCGCAGCUACUACUUGUUUGGAUUUAACAACGAAAAAAGUUAGUGACGAUCAUUCUAAGACUAAUGUUAAACUAGGUUUUUCCAUAGAGGAUAUAAUGAAACGUUGAUUCAGAUCUUUAAACAUAUUUAUCAAAAUGUUGACCCGUUUUAUAAGAAGUUACUCAAGUUUCAUAUUUUAAUAAAUUCAUUUGAAUUAUUUCUAGCGCCGCGACUCGAGCUCUCGUUCACCGACGAGUUUAUACGAUCUAGAUUUAUUCUCGAAUGUUCUGCUUCGAGAUUUCUAUUGAGCCCUUCGCGCGUAUAUAAUUUCCUAAGAUUAAAAUUGAGUUUGAUUUAAUAUAAACAGAAUAUCGUAUCUAGAGCUUGUUUACAGUGUUCUUUUUUGAUUUUGCCGAUUCCAAACUGAUUUUGAAUACGUGAACAAAAUAGUUUAACUAAUAUUUUUUAUUUAUAUAAAAUUUCCGGAUUAGUUGCAUUAAAUGAAGAUUUCGGACGUUCAUCAAAGUUUAAUUCUUAAAUGAAAAAAAUAUUAACAAAUAAUUUCACCUCUCACUUUCCGGAUAAUAUUUACGUAGAUUUUCCUUGGUUUCUUUAAUCCUCACGUAUAAAUAAAGCUGGAAACUCGAAAUCCUGAUAUUAUAGUACAAGGUGUCUCAAGAAAAGGACAAGUAACGAGUUUUUUUUUUUAAAUAAAAUCGUCCAAAUAACGUAAACUUUAGAUUUGAUAUAACCCGAGAGGAAAAAAUCCAUAGGAGUGAAAUUGGGACUGCGUGGAGGCCAAAUCACGAACUCAUAGCGCAGAGACACGUGUGCAGCUGCUCCGUCCCACUGGAACUAUGUUAUUUGGUUAAAACCAUUGAAGUUUCACAAUUCAGACACGAAGAAGUCGACUAACAUCUGCAAAUAAUGCUCUGAAUUGAUUUUAACUGUGCCAAACGGGGUUUCGGAUGUUUAUGUUGCAUGUGACAAUGACCUUCUUCCGGAAACUUUGGAAAGCGCUUAGUCAUCUAGUUUACGAAAUCAAGCCUCUGAAUACUGAUACUUCAUUUCUUGUACCGACUGAAUUUUGUAAAAGUGCAUCUCCAAAAUGUAUUUAAAGCAACAAUACGCUUCCGAAUGGAGUCAGGCUCGUCACGAACAGACAGAGCAAGACUGUCAACGUUUUCGACCGUUCCAGAAGACUUUGGACGCCCGGAUUUUGGUUCGUAUCCAUUUUCCAAUUAAUUAACCGCCUGAAUCAUUAUUUAAACAACGAAAAAUGCAUAAAUUUCUACGCCGAAUUACCUUUUGAUUGACAUACUUGGGAAUAGCUGCGUUCACGCAAUAAACAAUACUUUUUUUGAGCCACCUUGUAUCUGUCAGAGAUCAAUUGAAGUUUCGGGGUUAAGUACCGUAGUAAAUAUCAUAAAGAAACUGGUUUGAACUUUUAGUAACUUCUUAUUAUCAAAAUAUUGUAAAAAUAAUGUACAAACAACUUGAAGGAAAAAGAUUUAAAGCGCAUACGAUCUAAAAGUGUAUUUCAGAAAAUCGAAACAUUUUUUUCACUUAUUUUCAUUUCAUUUGACUCGACAGCGAGUCAAAAUUCAUUAUUUUUCCGACGUGGUGGAAACAGAUAAAAUCGUAGGACGACUGUGGUGAAACUGGAAUCUUCCUGGGAGCUAAACCCUGCGUUACAUUCAACCCCCAAAGGCAAGGAACAUCGUCUCAAUACCUGGUUGUAGUCCGUUCUUUUCCGCGGUUGUCAAAAAUGCCGAUAAGAAUUUUUAUUUUAAGACUGUGUCUUGUGUUUUCAAAGAGGCAGCCUAAGUUGUGACUGCGAGGACCAGCUCUCAUACCAGCGCUUUGGUGGUCUUCCAGGCGGUCUACUUGUAUUGGGUCUCUCUUCCUUUGCGAUUUUCGCCAGUCGAUCGUUGUUCAUUCUAUUGACAUGAUCUCUCCAUGUUCUUCUUCUAGUUCUGGCCCAUCUCACUAUAUCCGGAACGUCACACAUUCUUCUGAUUUCAUUGCUCCUUAUUCUGUCUCUUAGUGUUUUCCCUGUGAUUGAACGUAAUGUCUUCAUCUCGGUUGUUCUAAGAAUCCGUUUAGUAGUUGCAGUCUCCGCCCUCGUUUCUAUGGCGUAUGUCAUUACGAAACUAAAACGUAAUAAUUCAAUUCCAUCAGCGUAGGAUCAUCAAAUAGUCUUCUGCCCUUCACAUUCCAGGUUGUUUUUCACUUCGUCAGCCUACAACUAAACACAACUCCCUAGUAUUUGUAGGAUUUUCAAUAUUGGUUGUUGCGGUGGGUCUUCAUCUCUUGGAAUCUUCUACUUGCCGUUUCCUCAGCUUCUUGUCCUCAUUCUUGGUAGAUCUGAUGCACCAAGUGAUUGGAUUUGAAACUUCUUACGGUUACUUCAAAUAAUAUAUCCCCACGCAUACAGCAUGAUGGAGAAAAGAAUAACGUUGAUGAAAUUCCAGUUCUUGCUUGGAUCUUUUAGUAAUAUUCUAUCUUUGGAUAGAAUUCCGUGGUUUGGGAUGAUUCCAACGGUAUUUCUUAUUUGUGAAUCGUUUUUCCGUUAUCUUCUGGCCUCUUCCUUUUACUUUCAAAGAAUAUAGCUUGUGUCUUCUUUAUGGUGCUGCUGUUCAAGUUGUACGCACGUCCUGAAAAUCUGACUCUUUGCGCCCAGUUCAUUUCAAGUCAAACAUCCACAUUUUAUGAACAUAAAAAUCACUAAGUUGCUGCCAGCUUGGGAAAACUAUAUGAGGUUAAUCAAAGCAUUGGACAAUGUUUGUUUUGUCAUUUUAUUCCACUGCUAACCCAACCUCAAACCUUCACUCAAUCUGUAGUUAAUUAUAGAAAUUUUUUAAAUUUUGAAUUUCUUAGACCUUUUGAUAAGUUUAGGUUUCUAAACCUUCUUGAUUUUAGGUCUCUUUUGUUUCAAAAUUCUGUUUUUUUUUCAAAUAAUUUUCUUCUUUAUUCAAAAUAUUUUGAUAAAGACUUAAAGUAGAGUCGAAAAAUAAUUUUGAAACUGAAGAGACCUAAAAUAAAGAUUCAGAAACAUAAAUUAUAGAAAUUUUGAUAAUUUUUCCAAGUAAAAUUUUGUAUCUAGAUAUAUUUGGUGCUUAAAGCACGUUUCGGUAAAAGUUUGCUUUUUAUUUUUUUCCUUUAUGAACCCAUGUAUGUUUGCCAAAGAUGUUAAAUGUUAAGUGUCUACCUCUUAAGAGACUGAAAAGGAACCAAUUCGACAGUUACCUUUAGAUCUCACACUAACAGAUUUAAUAUAUUAGUUAUUUAUAAGAAAUGUAGAGUUGCCACUACAAUAAAAACAUAGGUAUGUCCUCCCCUUUUAUUUAGGAAAACUUUCACAUAUAAAAAUUGCUAGAAUUAUACUUAGAAAUGUCAAAUUUUGCGGUAUUUCUUCAAGAAGAUUCUUAUUUUUCAAAAUGAAAUACAAAAAACAAUCAAGGUUUGGCCCUGAUAUAAGAAAAGUUCCUCUGCAAGAGUUGCGGUGCAUUAUUGAGCUGGUUACCACCAGUUCACAAGAAAGACUCAUAAAACCUGCAAUACCAAUGAACGUAAGGUUCUUAUUUGAUAGAAGAAGAUGGGAAAAUUGUCAAGGUAUGCAACGUACUUUUCUUGGAGAUAUAUGGAAGUUUCGAUUUGAUUUGUGAAGAAAGGAAUCAUCUAUAGAGCGAUUUUGAGUCCAACAAGAAAUCAUUGUCUCUAGAUAAUCUGCGUGGGAAUACUAUGAACUACGGGGGAGCUUGCACCAUAAAAGUUUUAUCAUCUAACAAAGAAUCUGGAAAUGGAAAAUCUAGAAAAUCGAAGUAUAUCUUGCCGGUCUUCAUGCAGGAAGGAAAAAUCUACUUUCACCUAAAAGAUUGGUUGGAAUUGUCUGCAUUGCAUUGUCCUCAAUCCUAACAAUAGUCAAAAUAAUGAACAAAGAAAACUUCUGUUUGUUAAUCUGUCUCAAAGUUUGAUUAUUUGGGUUGGUAAUCUAGGGGAUUACAUUAUCUUCAUUCCUGGUACACUAAUGGCUAUCCAAAUUCGACUAUAACCUGGCGGAAUAAAAACUGUUGUUUUUUAUUCAACCAAAUAGAGCGCCACUACAUUUUAUUGACGUUUUCUAAUUUUUUUUUCAAUGUAUAAGAAGAAAAUGAUGUUUUUAAAUAAUUUAUUUCUUUCUCUUGCUUUGAACCCUAGUAGAUUGUUAAAUAAUAAUCGUCCUAGAAGGUCCUAUAGAUCCCAAACGUCUUCAAAAUAUCAGCAAUUGAAAAAUGGAUUAUACGGAAACAUUAUUUAUACAAACUCGAAAUAUUUUAUAAAACAAUAUAAACUAUUGCGACAGAGCAUAAAAUAUGGUACCUACGAGACCACAAAGACCCAAUAAAGAAGCUAAACUCAUUCCCGACUAACCAACGAAGAAUCUUAAUAGAAGCAUAUGAUGAUGAUGAUUAUGAUGCUGAUGAUGAUGAUAGAUUUUUGAUUGGAGAAAGGAAAACUCACUCAAGCAUAACUUCAAUUUGAAUUAUUUUAAGCUGGUACUUUUAUAGUUCUAAUUUUAUUGGAAAAAUUUUCUGUGUUGGACCCCUAGAAAUCGAUUGGCUUUUGAGUAAAUGACUUUUGUUGUUGUUGUUGUUGUUGUUGUUGUUGUUGUAGUGCUCGAUAUAAAUUGAAGGGUUGAGGCAGGAACUCCCACACCAAUUUCCUAUUCUGAGACUCCAUUAUACAUGUGGAAACGUCUUUUUGGGAUGUGAAUCCGGAUUCUCAGAACUGCUGAUGAUUAAUUUAGGCAGAGCGUCUCCCUUUUGAAUUUUAGGCGACCCAAAUACCUACUGCAGGGUGCAUCAAAGUUGGUUAAGGGUUUCUUGAUUGUUCGACGUAUAUUUGUUUUCAUUUCUGCCCUUAGCAUAUUGUUAUUCUCCCCCAACAUAACCUUAACAACAGAUUAAUCUUUUGAAUUGUAGUUUUUUCUUUGGAGACAUCCUGCAUACAUUUUUUUAUUUCAGUGGCUA